CGCGUUGUAUUAUGGGAUAGAGAUGUCAGACUUGGGAGCACUUUUAUUGCGUCAUAAACACGCAGCUUUGGAACGAGCGCCUGAAGAGGUGGAACGCUAGUGUGCAGCGGUAGCGUGGGUGCGUAGUGGACGUGUUCGUUGCACAAGGUGUCUAGUUCAGAUGUCAGUUAACCCUGCGCCUGGGUACUGACCUGCUGUGAGUGAGCAUGAGUCCCGUGGGAUCCCCGACGCCGCUGUCGGUGUCACCGGAACGCGAAGGCACCCCGGUGUCGGUGACAGCUAGACUCCGGCGCUUCUUUUCUCAUGUCAGAUACGAAAAUUUAGUGGCGGGUGUGACCGGAGGGGUCAUCUCCACCAUGGUGCUACACCCCCUCGAUCUGGUCAAGAUCCGGUUUGCAGUGAGUGAUGGACUGGAGCUGAGGCCCAAGUACAAUGGAAUGCUGCACUGCAUUCGGAGCAUCUGGCGGGCAGAGGGACUUAGGGGACUCUACCAAGGAGUAACUCCCAACGUCUGGGGCGCUGGAGCGUCCUGGGGACUGUACUUCUUCUUCUACAAUGCAAUCAAGGCCUACGCUCGAGAAGACCGUCGCUCUGAACUCAGCGCUUCGGAGCACUUGAUAGCAGCCGCUCAGGCAGGUGGAAUGACGCUCUGCCUGACCAACCCGAUCUGGGUAACCAAAACCCGCCUGGUCCUGCAGUACAACACCGACCACUCUGGCAGGCAGUACAGAGGCAUGCUGGACGCCUUGGUGAAAAUAUACCGGCAGGAGGGUGUAGCAGGACUGUACAGGGGUUUUGUGCCCGGAUUGUUCGGCACGUCCCAUGGUGCACUGCAGUUCAUGGCAUACGAGGAGCUGAAGAGGGAUUACAAUAAGUACAGGAGCAGAGCUUCAGAAGCGAAACUGAAUCCAUUAGAAUAUCUUUCCAUGGCCGCCCUGUCCAAAGUCUUUGCCGUUUCCACUACAUACCCAUACCAGGUGGUCCGGGCCCGGCUACAGGACCAGCACACCACGUACAGCGGAGCGCUGGACGUCAUUCGCAGGACAUGGAGAAAUGAGGGCAUGAGGGGCUUCUACAAAGGCAUGUUGGCCAACCUGCUCAGGGUGACCCCCGCAUGCUGCAUCACCUUCGUCGUGUAUGAGAACAUGUCCCACCUCCUGCUGGACCAGCAGGCGUGAGCAGGAGAAACCAACCCGGGGGAGGAUCUCCGCCCUGCCCAAGACUCCUGAGGGAGCGGAACCCGAGCGUGUGGUUGGUUAUCCGCUCCCACAACACAGCACCCAGACGGCCUCGGAUCGGACAAGGAAUGACCUCCUUCUGAAAGCAUGUUAUAGUCUGGUUAUAACAGACAAUGAAUAAAAAUGUGAAAGCAAGCUCAGCUAUCUUAGGGUACCAUCCCUCAGCCCAUCCUCCCGAGUUUUAAUGAGUAAUGGAAUCAAAUUUAUUUUUAGUUUGUUGUCAGGAAGCGUAAAAACUUUUAUGUACUUAAUGUGGUUUUCCCAAAACGAAGUGCCGCUCCCUGGAUCAGACGAGGGGGAAGUGACAUCAUCAGAAUCUCUGAACAUCUCGACGGCCCACAACCAAAGGCAGAUCUGACUUACUGGGGUACCCCACCCCACCACCCCCCCAACUCCCCUCAGGCCAGUUGUGUGAAAAUUGUAAAUGUAUAAGUCUCUUUCGUAUGUUUUUAUUUACUGAAUUUUGAUGGGAUGGUGUUAAGUCUUCAGUCGUAUUUUUGUGCGCACAAAUUUGGAAACAGAUUCAACUUCUCUACAGCCUGCUUUUGCCCUCUUCAUCCUGUGUAGCUUCAGCAGGCCACAAGCAUAUACCACCGUUUAAUUAAACGGCCCUCGACCGUGAGAGUGUUCGGGAAUUAAAUUCCAUUUUUCCUGUUCCCAGUUGAAUAAAUGCUGCAAAAAUAAUGUCCAGAACAAAGUUUCUUUACAUGUAAAAGUUUGUGACUAUUUCACUUUUCAAUAUUUAUGAAAUACUGUGAUUUGUUUCUGCAGUUGUACAUAAAAGUGUGUUUUUAUAUGUGUAAUCUGAGAAAAUUAUAUUCUCAUUCUCCUGUACCAAGAUGAAAUUUAACGAUCCUUUAAAUGAUAAAUGAUAUUCAGUAACGUU